GUCACUAAAUAUCUUCUUCCUCCCAGUACCUGUGUUGGAGGUGAGUGGUCCUGUGUCACCCAGUCGUGCCCCGGGACUUGCAGCAUUGAAGGAGGCUCCCACAUUUCCACCUUUGAUGAGAAGCAUUAUUCCUUCUUUGGAGACUGCAGCUACGUCCUAACCAAGCUCUGUGACAGCAACGAAUUCACUGUUCUGGGAGAUAUCUACAAGUGUGGCCUGAGUGACACCGAGACGUGUCUCAAGGGUGUCGCCGUCAGCCUGAGUGGAGGACAAACUAACAUUGUCAUCCAGCCCUCCGGCAGCGUAUUUGUGAAUAAGAUCUACACACAGCUGCCAUUCUCUGCAGCAAACGUCACCAUCUUCAGACCAACAUCUUUCUUCAUAAUUCUCCAAACCAACUUUGGCCUUCAGAUACAGAUCCAGCUCGUGCCUCUCAUGCAAGUUUUUAUAGACUUGGACCCAGCACACAAAGGGCAGACCUGUGGGCUCUGUGGGAACUUCAAUGAUGUGCAGACAGACGAUUUCAAGACCACCAGUGGUGUAAUAGAGGGCACUUCAGCUGCUUUUGGCAACACUUGGAAAACUCGGGCUGAUUGCCCUGAUGCCAAGAACACCUUUGAGGACCCCUGUACUCUCAGCAUACAAAAUGACCAGUAUGCCCGGCACUGGUGUGGGCUGCUCUCUGACACCAAGGGACCUUUUGCUGCGUGCCACCCGACAGUGAAUCCAGAAGUUUACCAGAAGAACUGCAUGUUUGACACGUGUAACUGUGAGAAGAGCGAGGACUGCAUGUGUGCUGCCCUUUCCAGCUACGUCAGGGCCUGUGCUGCCAAAGGAGUGGUCCUUGCUGGAUGGAGGAGCAAAGCCUGCACAAAAUACACCACCUCGUGUCCAAAGUCCUUGCAGUACACCUACUUCCUGAACUCCUGCCAACCCACCUGCCGGGCUCUGAGCGAGCCUGAUGUCACCUGCAGCAUCGAGUUUGUCCCCGUGGAUGGCUGCACCUGCACAAAUGGCACCUACAUGGAUGAGAGUGGCAAAUGUGUGCCAGCUAACGAAUGCCCCUGCUACUACAGAGGGACACCUCUGGCUUCUGGAGAAGUUAUCCAUGAUAAUGGUGUUGUCUGCACUUGCACCUUUGGAAAGCUGAGCUGCUCUGGAGAGAAACCUGAACCAGUCUGUGUAUCUCCCAUGGUCUAUAUUGACUGUGGCAAUGCCAGUGCUGAUGUGACAGGAGCAGAAUGCCAGAAGAGCUGUCAGACCCUGGAUAUGGAAUGUUACAAAACCCGCUGUGUCUCAGGCUGUGUGUGUCCUCACAAUCAAGUGUUGGAUGGCAGAGGUGGCUGCAUAGCUCCAAAAGACUGUCCGUGUGUUCACAAUGGGGAUUUCUACAACCCAGGAGAAUCCAUCAGGGUUGGCUGUAACAACUGCACGUGUAGAGACAGAAAAUGGCACUGCUCCCAGGAACCUUGCCUGGAGACCUGCUCUGUUUAUGGGGAUGGCCACUACACCACCUUUGAUGGCAGGCGCUUUGACUUUGAAGGAGACUGUGAAUAUGUUCUGGUCCAGAACUACUGCGGUCAGCAAAGUAUGAAUCAGGGAAUCUUCAGAGUCAUCACUGAGAACAUUCCAUGUGGCACGACUGGAACCACUUGCUCCAAGUCCAUUAAACUUUUCCUGGAUAACUAUGAGCUGGUACUUAAGGAUGGACACUCUGAUGUCAUCCAGAGGGCCCCUGGAGGGAAAAUGCCAUUCCAAAUGCGUUCCAUGGGCAUCUACACGGUGGUUGACACCACUGUUGGCGUGAUACUCAUGUGGGAUGGGAAAACCAGUAUUUUCAUCAAACUUACUCCCAGCUUCAAGGGACAUGUCUGUGGACUUUGUGGAAACUACGAUGGCAACGGAAACAACGACUUCACCACUCGCAGUCAGUCUGUGGUAGGGAACGUGCUGGAGUUUGCCAACAGCUGGAAGGUGUCUUCUAGCUGCCCAAAUGCCAAUGGAACAAAGGAUCCAUGCACUGCAAACCCAUACAGGAAAGCCUGGGCACAGAAGCAAUGCAGCAUCAUUACCAGCGAAGUGUUUGCAAAGUGCCACUCCCAGAUUGAACCAAAUGAAUACUACCAAGCCUGCGUGGAUGAUGCUUGUGCCUGUGACACUGGAGGAGACUGUGAAUGUUUCUGUACAGCAGUAGCUGCCUAUGCUCAAGCGUGCAAUGAGCUGGACAUCUGCAUUUCAUGGAGAACUCCUUCCAUUUGUCCUCUGUUCUGUGACUACUACAACCCAGAAGGGGAGUGUGAGUGGCACUACAAGCCAUGCGGAGCUCCUUGCAUGAAGACCUGCAAAAAUCCAAGUGGGAGAUGCCUUCAUGAGCUGAGAGGUUUGGAAGGCUGCUAUCCAAACUGUCCAAAGAACAAGCCCUAUUUUGAUGAGGAAACCAUGACCUGUGUUGCUUAUUGUGGCUGCUAUGAAGAUGGAAAACACUACAAACCAGGAAUGCUGAUGCCUUCAAAGGAGAAUUGUCAAUUAUGUGAAUGCACGAAUCACGGCAAAAAAUGCACAUACAACGUCUAUGAUGGCACAGGAGGGUGUAUCAUCGCAGUCUGUGGUGCCAAUGGAACGCUGGAAAGGACUGUCUACGACUGUCCAGUCACAACAACACCCACAACAGGAACAACGUUCCACUUCAGCACUACGCCACCUGUCACUACUUCCACAGUGUCACCGACUACAUCAGUGUGUGUUCAUGAAGUCUGUGAGUGGUCACAAUGGUAUGAUGGGAGUCAACAAACCCCUGGCUAUGACGGUGGAGAUUUUGAAACUUUUGAUGAUUUGAGAGCUAAAGGUUAUGAAGUCUGUAAAGCUCCACGAGCUGUACAAUGCAGGGCAGAGAAAUUCCCGGAUAUACCACUGCAAGACCUCGGCCAAAAAGUAGAAUGCAGUACGAAAUCUGGGCUCAUAUGCUACAACAAAGAUCAAAUCUCAAUGCUGUGCAACAACUACGAAAUCAGGAUCUUGUGCUGUGUUUUCGUGCCAUGCUCUUCCACAACACAUUCCAGCACGUCAACACCGAUCACGACGACCACAAAAACAUCAAGCACAAGUGAAGAAACAUUUACAACCACUACACCCUUUAGCACGACUUUCGGAAUUACAACAUUCACAACUACCGAAUUACCAAGUACAACAACGACCGAAACAACAACACCUGUCACCACUACUCCUUCCACAACACCUCCUUGCAUAAAAGAAGAAUGUUACUGGUCAAGGUGGUAUGAUGUCAGUUAUCCGGGGUCUGGAUACAACGAUGGAGAUAUCGAAACAGUCCAGAACAUUAGAAAGAAGGGAUACAAAGUCUGUGAGAACAGAAAGGCUGUUGAAUGCAGAGCUGUAAGGUUCCCUGAUGUACCAUACCCACUCCUGGAGCAACACAUAACAUGUAAUACACAAGGUUUGAAAUGCUACAAUAAAGACCAACUACCACCCAUCUGCUAUAACUAUGAAGUAAGAUUUAAAUGCUGUGAAAAUAUAACAGUACCAUGUGAGACAACAACAACGCCAUAUACAACCACACGAAAAUCAGAAUCAACCACAAUAUUUACAACAACUACAGAACCAACAUCUACAGAAGUAACAACCACACCACACAUCUACACCAAACACCAGACAACUACGUCAUCAACAACUCCACCCGAGACACAACAUAUCCAUAAACCAACAACACAGCCAACGACGGAGAGCCCCAUCACCACCCAGUCCACAACUUCCUGCGAGCCCGAGAUCU